GAUGCACAAACCGAUAGCGCUCAUUCCAUGUAUAUCCGCCGUGUUUCUCUGCGCUUGCUCGCUCGUCAGCGCACACAUUGAGCUAAAGGAGCCACCACCGCGCCACUCGCAAUUUAGCAAGUUCUACAUGGACAAUGACGAAAUCGACUACAGCAUGAAAUCUCCCCUUGGCCCCAUCGUCGGAUACCCAUGCCGCAACUUUAAGGCCGGCCCCACCCAAGGCACGAUGAUCGCCGGCCACCCCUUCCGUGUAAAGUUUGACGGCAUCGCCACACACCUCGGCGGCGACUGCCAAUUUGCUGUGUCCUACGACAACGGAACCAACUUUGCCGUCAUCUGGGACAAAAUUGCAACUGCUUUCUCGACACCGUCGAUGGUGGCUACGAAAUACCCGUGCCGGAUUAUAUCCCGGCCUCCAAAAAGGCCAUCUUCGCAUGGACAUGGAUCAACUCUUUGGGCUUGCGCGAGUACUACAUGAACUGUGCCGACGUGCGCAUCGAGAACUAUGGCCACCAGCAGCCACUGACUGCCCACGAGCUUCUGGUCGUCAACCUACCCGGAAAACAGACUCUGACACCAAGGACUGGCCGUGAAGAAGACAAGCUGCCGCUCAUGCUUAAGCAACGCUCCUUUAUCACUGUUGGAAAGCCUGUGGAUCUCAUCUCCGAGGACCAGGUGGAUGACCGCUCGCCCAAAGCUGCUGCCAAAUCAAACUCUGGCUCUGGCUCUGCCGAUGACUCAGAUGCAGAUGGCUCACCGCAGCAGGCCGAGGC